AGCAGCUGCCCGCAUCAUCUCUGCCGCCGAUCUCAUCCGAGCACACAUGACGCAGCGACGGAAAGUCGAUGGGUCGCCACCGUGCACUCUAUUGUUCGUUGCCCACGAUGGGAUGCUGCACAUCCCAUCGCGUUGAGAUGCCGCUGCGUCCAGAACGCGCCGAGCUCCGGGAUGGCACGACGACCGUCGACAACAAUUCACAGCCGACUGUCCUCGACAGCGAGAACACUCUCUUCCAAUACAGCAGUCAGAGUAGUGAUGCCCUCCACCAAGGCCCAAACCCCGUGUGGCAUCAUCGACCAGCUCCUCCCACGAUGCGCACAACGGAGUUCAUUGCAAACGAGCUGCAGCAGUACCCAGCGACUUCGAUGGACAACAUUUGGUCCGACAGUGGCGGCGGCGGUCGUGCCUUGCCUCCGUCAACAGCAAGCACAAAUAUCUGGUCCAUCCAGUCUCGUCAAGUAUCAGGGGUUGAAGGCACGAGCAACAUUUGGGGCGUGCCGUCGCACGAUCUGGGUGACGACAGCCUCGGGGACCAACAACCGCCCCUUUGGCGGUAUGCUGUCGAGGAUUUCACGACGACGUCGUCGAUUUCGUCCGACGUGACGACUCGCAACGUGUGGAGCGGCCACCUCACCGACAGCGGGGCGACGUCGGACUGCCCGCCCCCCUCGUCCACCUUGCUCGCCCUCCCUCGACCCAAUGGAUUGAUCGCGAUCGAUGAACAUGGCCGUACCCCGUAACUCCCCGUCGCGUACAAGGGAGCAGCUCACACCGCGUAACAUUUAUUCUGUGUUUCGUCUUGUGCUGCGGGCGUCGAUUGAAAACGUGGCAACGGUUUGGAUGCAUGAAUUAAAAGCUAGGGUCUAGGGAGAGGUCUCCCCUUUUGAAUGACCUUGACGCCGCCGACGUGGACGGCUCACACGGUCUUGGUGGGGACGCCAACGGCAGUCGCUUGCUGCACCGGGGCGGUGGCGCGCGAGUACAAGUCGCUGUAGCCAGGCAAGGUGUCUUUGGGGCUGAACGAGCACCGACCGGGGGUGUACGAUUCCGUGUGCGUGGCGAGCUGGGCGAGGACGCAGCAGUUGCAGCACAACGCCGCACAGCAGUCGCCGACGGCCGACCCUGGGAUCUUCAGCGCCGUGCGAAGUUUGAAGCGGAGGUAAAACACGUACACGAUAAACACGAUCCCCCCCACCCCCGUCAACAGGAGCAAACACCCCGCGAGGACCGUGAUCAUGAAGUCGCCGACGCCGAGGCGGGCGACCGUCUGGGCUAGGCUGACACAAGGGCAGCACCACGCACAGAGGCAGUUGGGCAUGAUGCUGGCGCAACACCCACACAGACCCGACUUCCACUGCCCCGUGACGAGAACAGUGUUGGCCUGGCCGUCGUCAACGACUACGACCUUGACGUCCGGCACACUCGUCACAGCCGUCGGUUGCUCUUGGGUCGACAUGGUGGUGGGAAUGCGGUGGCAAGUGUGCAAAUGCCCAGCGCUGGGCAACGAGGCGACGAG